AUGUCUCCCGCCGAAGCGACAAUACCGGGUCUCCGCCGAACCCAUCUCCCGAACAACGCCUCGACUGAACAACAGCAUGAUCAAGGACUCGCUCGACUUCGCCGAAGAGCACCGAGACCAGGCCCUCCUCCGGAUCCAAGAACUACCAGCAGUUGGCAGCAAAGUACUACAACAAGAGAACGUUCGGCAGAUCUUUCGCCGAAGGCGACCUCGUGCUGCGCAAAGUAUUUGAAAACACUAGAGAAGUCAACGCAGGGAAGCUCGGCGCUAACUGGGAAGGCCCCUACAUCAUAA